GAAGCAAUACAAUCAUUGAAUUUUUUUCUUAGUUUGUUAAAUAUUCAUUUGAUGUGUUAGACUUGAAAACUAGAGAGUGUCAACUAAAAGUCUCAUUUCAGUGUUUUUUCCUGAUGAUAACAUUUUUGUAUCUAUACUAAUAAUUACCUUCAAUCAAUACGAAGUAGUUGCUAAAUUUUUACGUCUUUGUCAAUAAAUUCAUGUUUUAUAUUUAACGAAAACACCAUGGACUCGAUGUGGGAACGCUUACGAACGGUUCCAGCUAUAUUGAAGAUAUUGUGUUUGAUUUUUGAAAUUGCCGGUUUCAUUUGCACCAAAUUGAAUAUCACCGGCUCAUGGGGUGCGUCUGACUUCUUUUGGACAAUAGCGAUCCUUGCAUUUAUACCGACGACCAUUCUUCUCGUUUUAUACCUGAUAAAAGCCGACAAUAUAUUCGGAGUCUAUUUGGAUACAAUCGAAUUAUACUUUUCUGUUAUUGCUGCCAUUGGUUUUCUUGUGAUUUCAUCGCUUAUCGUGGUCACAUCGCUUUCGUUGUUAAUAGCAGGCGCUAUUUUCGGGUACUUAGCAAUGGUUGUGUACGCAGUAGACGCAUUUUUGAGAUAUCGAGAAAGAGCUUGAGCAAAAUAGACAAAUGACAGUGAUUACUACCAUUCCAACUUUUUUAAUGAAAUCGCUCGUGAGCAAUCAAAACGUAUUAGUCAUGAACACCAUCCAAAUAAUAAAGUCUUAUCAUAACAAUGCAAA